AUGCUGCGGCGCGAUGUGUCAGAUCUCGACGAUGCCGCGAAGCGGAAGGAGCCCCACGCAGUAAUUUUGCUUCCAUCGAAACGGGCGUCAGCAAAGACGAAACAUGACUCUGCCGAGUCAACAAAGGACGCAGUCAAGUCAAAGAGAAAAUUUUCUGAAGAAGAGAAGGAACCCGAUGUGAGCAAGAAUUACACGGACCUACAAGAAGCGGAAAGCGGGGACGAGCUACUGCCCGCGGAAGAGCAAACGCGAACUCGGAUGCAAACUCGAAAUAUGGGUGCUAAACACGUACCGGUGAGUCGAGUGAGAGCGAUCAAUCUUAAAGAUCCCAAGAACAAUCGCGAGGCGGUGAAAGACCCUCGAGUCAAGCAGUGGGAAGAGGCUAUGUGUACGGAGAUUGAAGCGUUAGAGCACAACGAUACCUGGGAGGUUAUUCAAAAACCACGCGAUUCCAAGUUACUGCACAGUAAAUGGGUGUACAAGCUUAAAAUACAGGCACGCGGUUCUAUCGAUCCAUUGAAGGCAAAUCUAGUGGCGCGCGGCGACGAACAAGUAUAUGGUGUUGAUUACACCUACACUUUCUCGGCUGUGAUAGAGAUGAUCUCUGGCAAGGUGAUACUUCUGUGUCAAGGCUAUGGGGGGAAUGAAUAUAGAUGCCAAGUUGUUACGAAAAAACAUGGCGUGCGGGAUAAGAGGCAGCUCGCGCUAAGACUCAAGAAGCGCCUGUAUGGCCUUAAACAGUCGGGCCGGCUGUGGAACCUGAUGCUUCACGACAUCUUAAUGUCGCUGGGUCUCAGUCAGUGUUAUACAGACAGUUGUUUCUACAUAAAGACAGAGACCGACGGUAAAACGCUCGUGGGGAUCUACGUAGACGAUGUGCUGGCGACUGGAACGGAUGUAAAUAAGGUCAACGACUUGUUUGUCGACAUGCAAGUCAUUGAGUUGAAGGAUCUCGGCGUGGUAACCAAGUUCCUUGGCAUCGCGUUCAAUUACAGCGCCAAGACCGGAUGGGCACUAGAUCAAGAAAUCACCAUCGACGAGAUGCUCGACAAGUUUGGACUUAAAGAUUCGGCGGCGGUCAGAGUGCCGAUAUGUGGAGAAGAUGGAUACGAAGAAAUAACCCUGCUACCGUCUGGUCGAAGUGGCUCGCCACAGAGACCGACUGUGCAGACGUUUCAGUCGCUGGUGGGCAGUCUGCUGUGGAUCGCCCGGUGCACACGCCUAGACAUUGUGUUUCCGAUACACCGAGCGACGCAGCGUUCGCACGCGCCAACCGAAGGCGAUUGGCGUUUGGCAAAGAAGAUAUCCAAGUAUUGGAAGGGCACAAAGGGACUCAAGCUCAUAAUGCACGGAGGAAAGGAAGCAAUCAAGGACAACGGCGUGCUGGUCUUAGAUUACAGCGACGCCUAA